ACUAUAAAUCUGUUGGUCACCUUGGCAAGGCUGUGAACUAGCUGUGUCCAAGUGUUUGGGAAGAGAGGGAUCUUUAAGAGAUGUAGGGCGGGGGAAUAUCUCAAGGCUGAUAUAUAAAGGGAGAACCUCUGCCAUAGAUCUGGGGCAUAAGUUACGUGUGAGCCGGGACUCUACAGGGAGGAGAAAUUGUGCUGGGAAGGAAGGGCUGUGUGAAUGUUCAUAUUGUUCUUCAAGGGGUGCCCAAGAGUAUCCACUUAGCCAUGUCCUCUGCUGUUCUCUUCAUCGUUGUCCUCCUGGUCAUCACCCUGUUGAGCCAAUGGCGUUCGUGGCACGGCCAGGGCAAAGAUACGAAGGACCUGCCUGGCCCAAGGGCUUUGCCCCUCAUUGGAAACCUCUCCCACAUGCUCCAGCCGAACCUCCCCAUCCAUUUCCUCCAGCUGGCCCAUCAGUACGGACCCAUCUACCGCCUACGCCUCAGGAACAAAGAUGUGGUCGUGCUGAACAGCUCAGAAGCAAUCCGAGAGGCGCUGAUUCGGAAGUGGUCUGACUUCGCGGGACGGCCUCACAGCUUUAUCACAAACCUGGUUUCAAUGGGCGGGAAGGACCUUUCCCUGGGCAACUACACUCCAACGUGGCGCCUGCAACGGAAGCUGACCCACAUGGCCUUCCAGCGCUGCCGGCAAGGAGACAUGGAGCAGAUUGUGCACAGCCAAGCUCAACACCUCUGCAAGGUUUUUCGGAGCUAUGGCGGGGAACCUGUGGAUGUGGCCCAUGAUUUUUCCCUGCAUGCCUGUUCUGUCAUUUCUACCAUGCUCUUUGGACCUUUGGACAUGCCCAGCGUUGAAAAAAUGCACGACUGCAUGAUCGAAAUGGUAAAAACUUGGAAUGCUGUUCCCAUCAGGGUUCUGGAUUUCUGGCCAAUACUCAAAAUUUUUCCUAACCCCACAUUGAGGCACCUCCUUUCCUGCCUUGAAAACCGAGACGUCUUGGUCCAAAGCCAGAUGGCGAAACACCAGAAGCCUGAUCAUUCAUCAGAGGAACAAGACAUGUUGGACCACAUGCUGCACUUCCUUCAUGACCAUGACAUCAAGAAGUGGGGGGACACGGGACUCCUCCCUGACCAUGUCCACAUGGCUGUUGUCGACCUGGUCAUUGGAGGUACUGAGACGACAGCUACCUUACUGACCUGGGCUGUGGCCUUUCUGCUGCAUCGUCCACAGAUUCAGGAGCUAAUCCACAAGGAGUUAAUGGCAGUAGUAGGACCACAUCGUGACCCUACAUAUAGCGACCGGGACCAUCUGCCCUACCUCAAUGCCACCAUCUGGGAGGCACUGCGCAUGCGUCCCUCAGCACCCCUUGCUUUGCCUCACAUGACCAUUCGGGAUACCAGUCUGGCUGGGUUUUCCAUCCCCAAAGGCACAACGGUCAUCCCCAAUCUCUAUGGCGCUCACCAGGACCCAAGCAAAUGGCCAAAUCCUCAGGAGUUCCGACCAGAGAGGUUCCUGGAGAGCCAAGCCUUGGCCGAAGCCCAGCGGCAGUUGGUACCCUUUAGCUGUGGGGCCCGGGUCUGCUUAGGAGAAGCCUUGGCUCGGAUGGAGGCCUUUCUCUUCAUUGCUUACAUACUGCGGGAUUUCCAGAUUUUGCCUUCUCCAUCUGGAUCGCUACCAGAUCUCCAGCCACACUGUGAGUUCCUCAUGCUUUGCAAGCCAUUCAUGGCGCGGCUGGUGCCGUGGGUGGAGGAUGAGUCUGCAGAAUGA